CCUUCACCCAUUUUUUUUCUUUAUUUCGUGUUUUCGUUAGACAUUAUUCGCCAUGGCCGAUCAGGAAGUGGAUCUGGACUCGAUCAUCGACCGGCUUUUGGAGGUGAGGGGUAGCCGCCCUGGAAAGCAGGUUCAGCUGCUCGAGUCAGAGAUCCGUUUCCUCUGCACCAAGGCUCGUGAGAUCUUCAUCUCUCAACCCAUUCUUCUCGAACUGGAAGCGCCUAUCAAGAUUUGCGGUGAUAUCCACGGCCAAUACUAUGACCUCCUGCGUCUCUUCGAAUACGGCGGUUUCCCCCCGGAGGCUAACUACCUCUUCCUCGGUGACUACGUCGACCGUGGCAAGCAGUCUCUCGAGACCAUCUGCCUCCUCCUUGCGUACAAGAUCAAGUACCCCGAGAACUUCUUCAUUCUGCGUGGAAACCACGAGUGUGCCUCGAUCAACCGUAUCUACGGUUUCUACGAUGAGUGCAAGCGCCGAUACAACAUCAAGCUCUGGAAGACUUUCACCGACUGCUUCAACUGUCUCCCCAUUGCUGCCAUCAUUGAUGAGAAGAUCUUCACCAUGCACGGUGGCCUGAGCCCCGAUCUCAACUCGAUGGAGCAAAUCCGCCGUGUCAUGCGCCCCACGGAUAUUCCCGACUGCGGUCUCCUGUGCGAUCUCCUAUGGUCUGACCCCGAUAAGGAUAUCACCGGCUGGAGCGAAAACGACCGAGGUGUUUCAUUCACAUUCGGCCCCGAUGUGGUUUCGCGCUUCCUUCAAAAACACGAUAUGGAUCUGAUCUGCCGUGCACACCAAGUUGUUGAGGAUGGAUACGAAUUCUUCUCCAAGCGCCAGUUGGUUACACUAUUCAGUGCACCCAACUAUUGUGGUGAAUUCGAUAAUGCCGGUGCAAUGAUGAGUGUGGACGAGAGUCUGCUGUGCUCUUUCCAGAUCCUGAAACCAGCCGAGAAAAAGCAAAAGUACGUUUACGGUGGCAUGAGCGCCGGCGGUCCCGUCACUCCGCGAAAGCAAAAGAAGAAAUAAAAGAAUCAAUACGAGCUUCCCCAUGUGCAGCAGGUUCGGGCGGAGAUAAGCCUUUCACAAAAUCUCUAUAACAGCGCCCUCAUGACAUCCUCCCUACAACCCCCCGCGAGUCCCUCCCCCGGAUCCACGAAAACGAUGAACGACCGAGGAACCCCUCAUCCGCACCCAGGGAAGUCCGAUAUUCCUCUUCAACUCCACCGAUAAUAUCACAGUCAACAUUCUUCAACUCCUCCCUGACCCCCGGGCUCUCUCUCUCCCAGUGCGACAUGCGAUAAAAAAACAACAGUCACAUCAUUUCCUGGCCCGUGUGACCCUCUGUACUUCCGGGGCGGAGUUCAAAUACUUAUUUCUUCGUUGGUUCUCGACUUCUCUC